UAUAUAUACAUAUACACAUUAACUGUUCUGAAUUCUUGCAGCUUCAUUUGUAUAUUAAUUCUUUAUAGUCCAAAUGUCAACUCCCAAUUCCCUAAUUCAAAUCCUCAUCUUCUGCAACUUCUUCUUGAUAUCUCAAUCCACAGACACAAAUACAAACUUCACCUUCCAUGGAUUCAAUGAUACCAAUCUCGAUCUUCAAGGAGCAACUAUAACAAAACCAAGCGGCGCACUAAGGCUGACCAACACCUCAAAUUUCGUUAUAGGUCAUGCAUUCUAUCCAUUCCCAAUCCCUCUCUUCAACUUCUCCUUCACCACACAAUUCAUCUUCCAAAUCAAUCCGGCCUCAACCGCCAACCGCGGCGGCUACGGCCUAGCCUUCACACUGUCGCCGUCGCCGGGGUUCCCCGGCGCAGCCGCCGGGCAGUUAAUGGGAGUUUUCAACGAAUCCAACGACGGAAACUCCUCAAACCAUGUUUUCAUGGUGGAGUUCGACACGGUUAAUGGGUACAACGAGAAGUCGGAUUCAGAUGGGAAUCACGUCGCAAUCAACCUCAACGGGAUGAAUUCCUCAUCUUCCAAACCGGCCUCGUAUCUUCCAGAAGGUUCUAGAGAUAACGAGGAGGAAGUUUACUUGCAGAAUCACGGCCCGGUUCAGGCAUGGAUUGACUAUGAUGGAAUCGUCAAACAUGUUAAUGUAACAGUUGCUCCUUUAGGAGUUGACAAACCAAAUAAGCCUUUGUUGUCUCUGGAUUUGGAUGAGGAAUCAGAUGUUCUGUUGCCCAACAUGUAUGCAGGAUUCUCUGCUGCAACUGGGGAGAAAUCCAGCUCUCAUUACAUCCUAGGAUGGAGUUUUUGUCUCAAUGGGAUUGCUAAUCAGCUCAAUGCAUCUCUGCUUCCAACCGUGAAGGUUGUGAAAGCAUCAUCUUCGAAUAGUAGUAAAGUCAGAACUGCACUCAUUGCUACAUUUUCUGUUGUGCUCGUCGUCUUGGUAGUGUUCUUGAUCGCCAUGAUCUUUUACCGGAGAGCGAUGAGGUUUGAUAUUUUGGAGGAUUGGGAGGUUGAUGCGCCUCAUAGGUUCCGGUAUAAGGUGCUUUACACUGCGACUAAAGGGUUUAGAGAGAGUGAGAAAAUCGGAGAGGGGGGAUUUGGAGCUGUUUAUAGAGGUGUUUUGCCAACUACAGGAGGUGAGAUUGCAGUGAAGAAGAUCAUGUCCAAUAACUCAUUAAAAGGUAUGAGGGAAUUCGCAGCAGAAAUCGAGAGUUUGGGGAAAUUAAGGCAGAAGAACUUAGUCAAUCUUCAAGGAUGGUGCAAGUACAAGAAUGAGCUUCUUAUAGUCUAUGACUAUGUCCCAAAUGGAAGCCUUGAUUCUCUGCUUUUCAACUCUAGCACUGUGUUGAGUUGGGAGCAGAGGUUCAACAUCAUCAAAGGCGUCGCGUCUGGGCUGCUCUACCUGCAUGAGGAAUGGGAGCAGGUGGUGAUCCAUCGUGAUGUGAAGUCGAGCAAUGUAUUGAUAGACCGCGAUAUGAAUCCAAGAUUAGGGGAUUUUGGGCUUGCGAGGUUGUACGAUCAUGGGAAAAACUCACACACAACGAACGUUGUGGGCACCAUAGGCUACAUUGCUCCUGAGCUGUACAAGAACGGGCAGGCCUCAACAAGCACAGAUGUGUUUGCUUAUGGGAUUCUGUUACUUGAGAUCGCGUGUGGGCGAGCUGCAGUCAUGUGUGAAUCUCAUCGGAACGUGAUCUUGGUGGAUUGGGUGGUGGAGUGCAUGCAGAUGAGGAACAUCUUCGAGGCAGUUGAUGCUAAGCUGAAUUCAGCUUAUGUGGUUGAAGAGAUGGAGUUAGUCUUGGGAUUAGGCCUUCUUUGCUCACAUCCCAAGGCGGAAUCGAGGCCGACGAUGAGGCAGGUGACGAAAUAUUUGAAUGGAGAUGAGGUUCUGCCAUUGUUUGAGAGAUUGAGCUCAGCUGGUUCAAGAAGAGCUGAUGAAGUGACAGCAAGAUUGUUGGAAUUGGGAUUGAGUGAUAGGUAUAGUAAUACUACUUUCAACUACGUCUUAUUAUCAUUCAAAAUCGAUUUCAGGUAGGGGCAAUGUCCACCACUUCUUUUGGCUCUGGUAGAUGAAGAUUUGAGCUGAGUAAUCUUUAGUGUAGGUUUUAGUUUGAUCAAGAAUUUGUUGGCAUAUCUGAUCAUACUGCUAUAUUUUUUUCAAUGUGUAAUUUAUAAUUCUUGACCAUCA